AUGAAGGUCUUGGACAACGACGAUGUCUUGUUCGCGGGCGAAUACGCUUUGUUGAAACAAUAUGGCAUCUACGGUGCCAUCGCGGUGGGUUUUGUCCUCUACGGUGCUUCGCUGGCCAUUUACCGUCUGUACUUUCACCCUUUGGCCAGAUUUCCGGGGCCCAAGAUCGCUGCUGCCACUCGGUGGUAUGAAUUCUACUACGAUGUGAUCAAGAGGGGGAAGUACGUCUACAAAAUCGAGGAGAUGCACCGGAAGUAUGGCCCAAUCAUCCGCAUCAACCCACAUGAGAUAGUCAUCAACGACCCGGAAUUCUACAACAGCGUCUACGUUGCCGGCAACACACGCCGUACGGCCAUCUGGCCUCGCUACCGAACCGGCAUUGGAUUCGACGGCUCCCACACCAUGACUGAGAACCACGACCUGCACCGCCGCCGCCGCAAGCCCUUUGAGCCCUUCUUCUCCCGCAUGGGCAUUGACAAGAUGGAGCCCAUGAUCAUCGAGGAAGCCAAGCUCCUCAAUGACCGUUUGGUCGAGCUGAAGGGAUCCGGCAACGUCGUCCGACUCGACCAUGUGUUCUCCGCCUUCGCCGGGGAUGUGAUCGGACGGAUCUGCUGUGAAAGCCCGCCCGACAUGAUGAACCACCCUGAGUUCGGCAAAGAGUGGCACAACUUGAUCGAGAACAUUGUGAGACAGCUCCUCUUGUUCAUGCAUAUCCCGCAACUGGUUACCCUGGCAUCAAUGAUCCCCACUGGGUUCCUCCUGCGUGUGUACCCAGGUGCUGCCGGAUUCAACCUGUUUCGCCAGCUGGCUACCAAGCACAUCAUCGACGCCAAGCAGGACAACUUCAGCAAAGAGAAAGUCGAGAAGAACUCAAAGAGCUCCGUCUUCCGCUACAUCAUCACAAGCGAGAUUCCCGAGUCUGAGUGCAGCACGGAGCGCCUCAGUCGCGAGGCCAUGGUGCUCUUCGGGGCCGGCACCGCCACCACCGCUCGCACGAUGGGCUUCAUGUGCUACUACAUUCUCACCAAUCCGCAUAUGCGGGAGCGUCUGGGCGAGGAGCUCAAGGACAUAAUGGCGGUUUACCCGCACAACUUGCCCACUUGGCAGGAGCUGGAACGGUUGCCGUACCUCCAGGCAAUGAUCAAGGAGGGCCUCCGUCUGAGCUACGGUGUCAUGCGCCGUCUUCCCCGGAUCUCGCCGGAUGACCCAAUUGUCUACAAGCAGUGGAUGAUUCCCGCCGGCACCCCGGUAGGGAUGGCCGCAUACAGCCUGCACACCGAUCCGGAAGUCUACCCGGAGCCGUUCAAAUUCAUUCCAGAGCGUUGGCUGGGCAAUUACGACCCCAAGAUGAACAGGAACUGGGUUCCUUUCACCAGAGGAUCCCGGAACUGCUUGGGCAUGAAUCUUGCUUACGCCGAAAUGUACUGGGCCAUGGCGGUGAUGUUUAGGCCGAACGCACCCCGGUUCGAGUUAUACGAAACGGACGAGUCGGAUAUCUCGCAGUCUGUGGAUUUCCUGAUGCCUCUUCCCAAGUUAGACAGCCGUGGAACAAGGGUUACAAUCCACUAA